GUCUGUAGGCACAAUUUAAUUCACUGCAUGUAAUGCGUGCAUGCACCUGUUUGUUUAAUGUGUGUGUGUACAGCCAUGGUUUCCACAGCAGACGCAGCUGUCCGACCCACUGGACUGCGUCUAUGUCACUGUGGCUCUAUUUCGGGCCGCUGUGUUGUUCAAAAGGUCAGAUAAAGUAGCCUAGGAAUCCUCACAAAGUAGAGGGUGGGGGUGUCUGGUGGAGGAGGCCAUCCACAAACCAACACACACAUCACAAACACGAGACAGUGCGGACAGAGAGGGGGAGAACAGGAGACAGGGACAGGACAGCGGCGAGAGGAAGAGUGUGAAGAGGAUUCAACCUUGACUGAAUGAAAACUUUCCAGGGACGUUAAAGGAUCUUUUAAGAGUCCUGGGGUGUAAGCUUGAAAAUCAUCUGAUCCAUUACAUAAAGAAACGUGUCUGAUCAUCAUGGAUGGAGAACCACCCAGCCAGGAGACAUCUGAGUCUACAGAAACGACUAAUCAGACUGAUACCAACAACAACAACAACCAGGCAGAUGAGCCUGGGCUAGAGAGGGAUAAAGACACAGGGUCAGAGCCCUCAGAAGGGGACACAGCAGAAGGUCAGGGGGCAACGGAUGACCCAGUACCACAACAGAGAGGUGGAGAUGAGGCCAACGCUGGAGACACGGGCAAGCCCCAGACAAUAUCAAAGCUUGAUGGAGGUGACACUGAAGAGGCUGGACGGGAUAAAGACAAAGCAUGUACGGAUGUGAAGGAUCCUGAACUGAUAAACAGAGAAAAAGCGCAGGGGGAGGCGGAACAAGACAAGAAAGGAGAGCAAGUGGAAGAGGCCGAGACUGGGAAAAACGGAGAUGAGGUAAAGGACGAAAACAAAGACGAAGAGAAGAGUAAAACUGGGGAAAAGGCAAAGAAAGAAGAGAAAAUUGUGUGUGGGAAAGCAGCAAAGGGGGCAGAGAAGAAAAAACAAGCCAAAGAAGCAGAUGUAAAGGGGGAAGAAAAAGAAAAGAUAAAGGAAGUAGAAAAGCAAGGAAAGGCCAAAAGAAAGAAUGGUCCUCCCUCCUCUUCUCUCUCCCGACCAAGGCCCUCUGCCCGCUCUGUUAGAGCAUCCACUAAAAACAACAUCAUUGCCAAGUUUGAACAAAGUGCACCAGAGACACGGAUAACCCGCAACUUCAAGGUUCAGAGGUCGUCUGCAGCUGUGGCCACAGGAGCUUCGAUUAAACAGAAGAUGCUUCAGUGGUGUCGCAGCAAAACCCGCAACUACGAGGGCGUCAACAUAGAAAACUUCUCAUCGUCCUGGUGCAAUGGGCUGGCUUUCUGUGCUCUGAUCCACCGUUUCUUUCCAGACGCUUUUGACUUCAGCUCCCUCAGUCCAGAGGAGAGGGAGAAAAACUUUACUCUGGCCUUCCAAACUGCAGAGUCCCUGGCUGACUGCUGCCCUCUGCUGGAAGUGUCUGACAUGCUCAUGAUGGGGAACCACCCGGACCCCAUGUGCGUGUUCACAUAUGUCCAGUCUCUCUGCCACAGCUUGUCCAAAAUAGAGAAAGAGAGGAAGGACAAAGAAAAGGAGGAAAAGGAGAAGUCUGGUAAUGAGGGAGAAGAGAAGGUUAAAGGCGAGGAUGAGGCAGGAGAGGUAUCGACGGAGAGGGGCGAGGAAGAGUCUGCUGAGAACCGGACGAUGGAUGGCCGAGAGGAGAAAGAGGGAGAAAGUGCUGAGCCGGAGGGAACUGGUGAGGAGGAGGAGGCACUUAAGAGCUGCGAGGUGGAGGAAGGUGGAGAAGUGUUACUGGAGGCAGAGUCCUAGAACACUACUGACAGUGAACAAGAGACUGAAAAGACCAAAAAGCUUGUUGUUGGUUGUGUUACUACAAUGAGAAAGUCCAGUGUUGGACUGACUGCUCUCCGAUUAAAGAGGAACAUCUGGUCGACUCAGAUACUGACAAUGUGAUGUUACAGUUAGCUGUAUGUUUGAAAGUGUGUAUUGUGCUGUUUUUUUUAAGUGACUGCCUUGUUUUUUGAGCACAUAAAGUAGAACAUUUUAAAAAAGACUUCUGAACUUGUAUUAUUUGCUGCAGCAAUAAAAUGUUUGUGUUGAAGGAU